AUGUUCAUAUUCAAUGGUUUCCAUAUACAUUUACGAUCAUUCUUGUUAUUGUUUGUAUAUUUAACUUGGAUCCAUUCAAUUGUUUAUGGUCUAGUACCAGUAAAUGAUAAUAAGAAUGAGACAGUUACAACGACGACGACGACAACAACAACAACAACAACACAUUCCAAUUCUACUCAUGAAAAUAUUUCAAAUACAUCAACUAUAACAAAUAGUACUUCAAGUAGACAUAGUGCAAUUCAAGCAGCAUCAUUUACAAUGACUGAUUCAUCAUAUUAUGAUUAUAAACCAAAUUCAAUGAAUCAUAAUGAAGGAUAUAAAACAAAAUCAAAUGAACAUUAUGAUAAACAUAAAGUUAAUUAUGAACAAUAUUUUAAAAAUUAUGAUCAAUAUUAUCAUCGCAAACAUAAACAUCAUCAUCAUCAUCAUCAUCAUCAUCAUCGUGAUCAUGAUCGCCAUGAUCAUGAUCAUAAUGAUCAUGAUCAUGAUCAUUCUCAUGAACAUUCUUCUAAAGAAGAUAAUAAUCCAAAGACAAUAUCAUCUGAAUGGAUCUAUGAUAAAUUAAAAGAAUAUUUAACUUGUAUCUAUGAGAAACAAAUUAAUUGUGAAGAUCAAUUUGUUACAGAAUUACAAUUGAAAUUAUUAAAAAUGCAAUCAAAUAAACAAAAAAAUGAUGAACAUUAUGAAUCAAUUUCAUCUGAAAAUAUGAAACAAAUUCCAAUCAUAUCCGUUGAAAUUGAUAAAACAUCAUUAGAAACAAAACAUGAAGAUGAUCAUACACAUCCGGAACAUCAACAUAAAGUAGAACAUAAAGAAAUUAGAAAAGAUUCAUCUACUAUAUAUCAAACAAAGAAUAAUCAAUUUGAAAUAAGUAGACAUAAAGAAAUAGAACGAACAGAGAAAUUUUAUUCACAUGAAUCUUAUCAAAAUGGAUACAUUCUGUCGGAAUGUUGUAGUAUGAUCUGGAAAUUAUUACGGGAUGCUGUUAAUCGGCUUGAGACGCAUCCUAAAGGUUUAAAUUCAUCCAUAAAGAAAGAUGAUAUAUGA